AUAUAACAAAAGAAACUAAUUGCUGCCUAAAAUCUUCAAAAAAAAUUUCUAUAAACAAUGGAUUAACAUCGAAACGAUUGUAUUUUCUGAGUGGUAUAAUAAGUAUCCAAGUGGCCUUUCGUCGCGGCUACUUAUCUCAAAGGCAUCCUCAACAAUGGAUACAAUGACGUUCGACGAUGAGCCUCCGCCUGAACCAAGAGAAGGAUGGCUGCUUGUGCGUGUUUUCGUCCCUGAGCUCAAUGUCCACAAAAGUCUCCAAUUCCCGUCGGACAAAAUUGUGUGGGAUGUGAAACAGCAGUGUCUAGCAUCGUUACCUAAGGUGGCCUACUGGUUUUGGGAACUGAAAGAAAGUUUCAACUAUGGUUUAUUCAGCCCGCCAUCUAACGGUAAAGCCGGUAAAUUCCUGGAUGAAGAGCGUCGUUUAGGAGAUUACCCAUUCAACGGACCAGUCGGUUAUUUGGAGCUGAAGUACAAACGGCGUGUCUAUAAGAUGUUGAAUAUGGAUGAACGCCAAUUGAAAGCGUUACAUACUCGCGCUAAUUUGCGACGCUUCAUCGAGUGUAUCAACAGCGGGCUGGUGGAAAAGAUAGCCAAGAUGUGUGCCAAAGGACUGGAUCCAAAUUUUCAUUGUCAUGAAACAGGAGAAACGCCACUUACCAUUGCCACAGGGUCUAAGAAACCAAACAAGCUACUAAUAGCGUUGGUCAAUGGUGGUGCCUUACUCGACUAUCGAACACGCGAUGGUGCCACUGCCCUGCAUCGAGCCGUUGAACGCGACAGUCUGGAAGCAGUCAGCACUCUAUUGGAGCUAGGAGCAUCACCAAAUUAUCGAGAUACAAAAGGCUUAACCCCUGUCUAUUUAUCCGUAAUUCGCAAAACGGAUCCGAAAAUCAGUGAAGUGUUAUUGCAUGAUCAUGCCACGCUUGGCAUUCAAGAUAGUCAAGGAUGGCAGGAAGUACAUCAGGCUUGUCGGAACGGGUUAGUUCAUCAUUUGGAACAUUUAUUGUUCUACGGUGCUGAUAUGGAUGGUCAAAACGCUUCCGGCAAUACGCCGCUGCAUGUUUGCGCUGUUAACAAUCAGGAGGCUUGCGCUAGAAUGCUACUCUUUCGUGGUGCCAACAGAGGCGCAUUAAACUAUGCCAACCAGACACCGUACCAGGUUGCUGUAAUUGCUGGCAAUUUAGAAUUGGCAGAGAUGAUACAAAAUUAUAAGAUCGAAGAUAUAGUCCCAUUCCGUGGACCGCCUCGAUAUAAUCCACGUCGUCGAUCUGGCCUUGGCUGGGGCUCGACUCUAUCUCGCAUUUAUGGAGGACCACCUUCGCCCUGCCCGUCCGAACACCCAUUCAGUUCCGCUAGCUCCAGUCUAUCAGAAGGGUCCAGUCAAAGAAGCCAUGAAGACGACAUCAGUAUUGUAACAGACAAAAGCCUUGGAGAUACAAGUGAUAUUAUCAGCGAUUCUUCUGGCGUCGGUACAAAUUCUGAUAGCGCAGCUUGUUCGAUAGGUCAUCCAAGUACAACAGUAGUCUGUAUGGAAGGCUACGAUACGGGAUUAUCAGGACACAUUCAUAUACAACCCGGUGAUGUAAUAGAAGUAGUAGGCUCAACCGAUUGUGGCCUGUUGGAAGGUUUCGUACGAGGUACCAACAAGACGGGCUUUUUUCCCGCCAACUGUGUACAAGAAGUGCAAUUCCGACAAAAGAGCAUCGUAAAUGUUUCCACUUCAACCCCUCAUCAUCAUUAUCUAAUAAACACGAGUAGCAAUGAAAUUGUCACUCAUGAUUUAAAGCAGCAACUCCAAUUCCAACAAAAACAGGCCCAACAACAACAUCAACAGCAAGCUUCUCUCGAUCAGCAACAGCAGCAUCAACAGCAAUACAAUAGCCAAACCGCACCAAGGAUAAAAAAAUCAAUUAUCGGAGAACCCCGAACGGUAGUUCUGCAUCGUGCCAAACGUGGUUUUGGAUUUAUUUUGCGUGGAGCGAAAGCCUCUUCUCCAUUAAUGCAACUUAAACCAUCACCACGGUGUCCUGCUUUGCAAUAUUUGGAUGAUGUGGAUCCUGGAGGUGUAGCAGAUAUGGCUGGCCUAAAGCCAGGCGAUUUCUUAUUAGCGAUCAACAACGAAGACGUAACCUGCGCAUCUCACGAGCAUGUAGUUGAUUUGAUUCGUAAUUCUGGUUCUCUUGUAUCUAUGACGGUUGUAACGCUUUCCCAGAAUUUAAUCAAUUCAAUGAUGUUAGAUUCGUGUGAGGUUGGAAGUCAACAUUCAUCUGGAUCAGGCUUAAGUACGCCGGUAUCGUCUCGACAAUGUUCCACGCUUCCACGGCGUAUGAAUGGCGGACUACCGGGAAAUAACUAUAAGCAACCCGCACCGAUGCCCCCACGUCGGGACCCCAAAACAACACUAAGCGUUGGGCGUGCUCGGGCCAAAUCAAUGGUAGCCGGGUUAGAAGGUGGUGGUGAAAAAGGUGUCGAUGACGAUGAUCUACUAAAUGCGACCAAAUCUACUUCGGCAGAAUCCAUCCAUCACGCGCAGACGCAACUAUUACAGACACAACAAAGCCACUCAGCCAUGGGGACGCCUACACAGGCAGGUCCCGGAACGCCGGUUCAGCCGCGCACGGCAAGCAUUAAAUCACGACCAACGUCCAGUCGAAUAACGGCCGCCGAACUAGAGGAAUUGUUCCAACGUCAACAAGGAGCUGACGCGUAUCGCUGUUCCAUGCUAAUGUCUAGUUCACGAUUCCAGUCAACAGGAUUCGAUAGUGGUGCUGGCACACCACCAAUGUCUCCUCAAAAGGGACCCAUUGUAUACGCUAGUGUAGCUGAAAUGAAGCGUAAAAAGUCGUCUAAAACAGGAAUUGGAUCACUCAAAGGACGGCCAAUUCCUAUUCCGCAGAUCGGAGCAGAUUUAAAGCGUACGUUUCACAGCACGCCAGAUUUGGCCUCAAUGGCUUCGUCCAAUCAGAACGGUGGAAUCUCAACAAUGUUGCUUCAAGGAAAUGGGUACGGUACUGGUUCACAACUAGCAAUCAAUGCAAACGGAUGGUACAACACUGUAGGGCACAAGGGUCAUCGAUCUCAGGACGACAUGCACAGUUUGCACAUGUCGCUACAAAGACUGAACCUUCCCCCACCUAAUCACCCACCACCACCACCACCAAUUGGGCAAGUUGUAAAAGUGGAUAUUUCGCGUGGAUCUGAGUACGAGUGUCUGACUGCUCUACGGAAACACAUUGCCCAGAAAGCCAAAGUACAAUCCCAAGUUAAAGAAGCGGAAAUUAUGUCCAGCUUCAAACCUGCCUCGAAUGCGAAGCUAUAUGCUUCCCCGCAGGAUAUUCGCAAUGUCGGUUAUCGUACAGUUAAUGUGAUUGGUGCUAGUCCAUCACUCACCGGAACAACAACGGCAAUGCUUGCGGCGAAUAAUGGCUCUGUUACUAGUGGGUCCUCUGCCACCAGCAUCAGCACUAGCGUGGAGAUGAAUCCGGAUUCCACCACAUCAAACAUUACUUCAGCGCCUAGUAUCCAAGCCGGGAACGUAGAAAGUGGCGUAAAUAACGUUACCACUGUAACAAUUGGAAGCGAAAGCGGUUGUGAAAAUGUUGUUGUUAACAACCCAGAUGCGAACCAGUACGCUCAACCUGGACGCCCAGGCCUUGGUGUUCAAAACCAAACAGCUCAACCACAAGCACAUUACAAAUCUGUUCAAAAUAAUGCACCCCCACUUCCAGAGCCGGACUAUAGUCUCAGCGAGUCUGAUCCUGAUGAAGAUAAUUCAGUGCGCUUAGUUCGAACUCUUAAGAAGGCCAAUGGAGAACAAGAAGUGAGCCAGAGUGCAGGAAUGGCAGCUGAAACUAGUGGCAACAGUAAUACAAGUGGUAGCUCAACAGGCUCCAGUUCGAUGCCUCAUUCAUUUUCGGUAGAAGAAAUACAGAAGAUUCGUACAAAAUUAAAGUCUUCAAAGUCAUAUCCCAACGAUUUUCUGCGUCACAAAAAUAGCCAACAUCCAGUCCCUGGCGGUAAUCAUGGGGCUGUGAGUGGAGUUCUAAAUGAGGAAGGUGACAAUUCGUCUUCCGGUGUUAGCAGUGAUCAGGAAGUGACGAUCACGUGCAACGAUGCAACUAAACAAACAAAGCCAUUAGUACCGAAACAGAGCGUUGGAAUCACAAUGAAAUCAAAUAUUAUUUCCACUACCAGUCCAGCCGUUUUAUCUAGCUCUGUCGGUUUUGAACCAAAGAAGGUGAUCGUGCAGUUGGGUGCAAUAAAUCCUCAGGUGAAGCAAAACGAAAGUCCACCGGAACAACGUAGCGAAGCAGAGGAUGACGACGAUGAACAAGUUGGAAAUGAUAGUCCUAGCCCACCGGCAACCGGGUUUCAGCGGCAUAAUUCGUUAACCCGUAAGCAAGCUGCGACACUGGCAGCAAAUCGAGCAAAGGUUAAUCAACAAAACUUGCAACAGAGGCAUGCGGUAACUCUGGCUACACUUCCUCCACCGAUCGAAGCGGGAGAUUCGGAUGAGGCAGAUUCAUGGUCGCAUCACCUUCAAUCUCCAGGAUUAAUUGGAAAUAUCCAGCUGGCGGAAAAUGCCGGCAUGGUAGUACUAGCCCCGCCACCAGAAUUUAGCGACUCCACUGUGAGUCACAUCGCACCAACUCUUCCCGUUAACAUUAGCGGUCAAUCGCACCACUCUCAUCAGCAUUCGCAUCAACAUCAUCAGCACGUUCAUCAUCAUCACCAACACCCCGGGAGUGGAGUGAUGGGAGGACAUAAUCCAAACUGCAAGCGGGUUCGUAUUGUGGGUGCUGUGCCCAAGGUAAAUCGAAUGAAUAGCCAGUAAAUCCAGAAGGCCCAAUUCGAACGUUCAAAAUGCCGUGAAACCAUUGCGGGAAUGUAUUUAUGUAUUUUAAAAAGUUUAAAAUAACUUAAUUUAGAUAAUAUUUUCAUACUGGGACAUUUUCCUUUUCCACUGGUUGAGGGUAAAUAUAAAAAAUUUCUUUCAACUUAUUCCGUGCUUUGAGAAGAAAACGUGGGAAUGAUGUUGAGAUUGAUUUUAACUUACAAGAACGUUUAAGGCAAUCGAUUGAAAUGUCAAUGUAAUGAUAGGCAUGGUUUUAAAAUCCUUUGUGCUCUGGCAUCUCCAGCAUAUUGUUUCGAUGAAACCGUCAACAACUCGGAUGCAUCGUAAUUUGUAAGCGCCUAUUAAUUACAUUAAUUAAAACAUCAUUUGUGUGCGCCGAAGUACAGAGUAAUGUUGCAGUCGUACACGGUCCUCUGAUCAUGAGUUCAAAAUACGUGAAUUUUUUCACUUUCUGCACUCUAAUUUUGCCAGCGUACCGUAUUAUUGUGUGUGCUUUUUGACCUUAUAAUGUAUCUAUAUUAAUCUGUAUGUUUAGAGAGUGUAUAUGUAACAGGAAUAAAAAAACAGUCAUUUCAUUUUAAGCGCUCAUAAUGUGGUCGAAUGGUUUUUGAACUCAGUGUAACUUUUGUAAAUGAAGUAGAGCUUAAAAUAAAACAUAGCAAACUUCCCUAGGAUUGCUAAAGAAUACAAUCAUUACUCUAUGAAUAUACGUCUUUUUUUUCUACCAUUGUAUAGAAACGAAGUUGUAGUUAAAUUGGUUAUGUGUUAUCAAUCCACAUUACAGGUGACUAACGAGUUCAUCUAAUACUUUAGAAGACAUUUUAUCAUUACGAUCGAAUCCCACAUCUGUUUUAAUCAAUCAUUGAGCAUUAUUACUAGCAGUAUGUGAUAAUAUGAAAUGCUAUAGGGACGGAUUGCAUUAGCUCAGUUAGAAUGAAUACAAAUAUUCCACACUAGAUUUGUUUACUAAAGAUGAAGCAAUGUCGUAGUAGCGAUGUUGUAGCACUGAGCAGGCUAAUAGCAAAAGCAAAUAAUUAUGUACAUGUUCGAUGAACUCGAAGUCUUGCGUGAAUUCGAUUAACUAUAAUGAACGACAAAGCCGACAACAGACAUUUUUUUAAUUUGUCACGAUGUGUCCAGAAAUGGGGAAAUAAUUAAUCUGAUGAAAUUGCACUCGCUUUAUAGAAGCGUACAUUGAUGCAGACAAUAGUGUAGUAUACAGUAAUGGCGGUUAAUUUAUACAGCCAACAUUUUUGUGCGAACUGACUAACAAAUUUGAAGGCAUAUUAUGUACGGAGACGCAUGUAGAACAUUAAAGAAAUUUCAAUGUAAGAAAAUUAACUGGAAAAUUGAAGAAUAUCGAUUGUAAACUGUGUUUUUGUAAUUAACAAUAGCACUAAUAUAAAAGUAUGAUAUUCGCACACAAUUAAGGCAGAAUAAACGAAAUGAUAUCAACAACUUACUAAAAACCAUUCGCCUGUAAUAAAUAGCGCCAUUUUAACACAAGUUGUGAAUUCACGUCAGCUGUGAAUCGUAAAUUUUAAGUCGUAUUUGUUUGGAAAAUUGUGUGAGCAACAAAGAAGCGAAAUCAUUCAUUUUAACACAAAGGAACCAAAAUGAGUAUAUUUAUAAAUCAAGGGUCGGGAUUUUGCAGGAUGAAUACGCGCAUAAUACAGCUAAUUUCUGUUCUAUUAUUGGUUUUUACGAUCGGAACUUACUACAGAGGAAAAUGUAAAUUUAACUUAUUUUCAAUAAUUUGAAAAAGAAAACCAUUUUCUUCCGAAAACUAUAAUUUGUAACAAGAACAGGAAGUAUUAUUCAGCAAUUUAUGUUUCGCAAAGCCAAUUUGACAAAUCAAUUUGUAACAACUUUUAGCAUCCAGAUCUUUUCGUAUUCAAAAAGCGCUAAUAGUCUUGCUUUAUUUGCCUCAGGUGGAUGCACUCAUUUGCUGGUAUGCAUAUACUCGCAGAAAGCAUAGAUGAGUGUCAUAUAGUAAACGAUAUCGAAUAGCAAUAGCAACGAACAGUUGUAGACAACCAGUCUUGCUUUUUAAAG